CAAAGCAGAAGGGGACUGAUCAGACAAAGCUUGAUUAUUAGGAAUCUAUAAAAUUGAGUAGCAGGAAAAAACCCCUUAGCUUGGGAAACGAUGACAGAGACAUGUGUAAGCUGCUACAAGAAGAAACACCGAACAGGAAGAACGGUGAUGAUAACAAUAAAUGUCCAAAUUACUUGGGAAGCGUUUCAACAAUAAAAACAUGGAGCCUGAGAGAACCACCGGUACAUUCUCAUCCUCAGCUACAAGCAACGUGAGGCCCAACAACAACACCAUGAUCACCGUCAAAAGAGAUAAAGCAAUUAUUGCUCACUACAAUGCAGACGCUGGACUUUUAAAUGAGUUUGAACAGUCCACUGUGUCUGGUAAGUCCUUUAACUAUACAAGAUCAAUGCUUCAUCCACUUCAGUCUGUCCCUGAGGAGCACAUAACUGCUUAUUUCUCAAAAAUCCAAAGAGGCGCUCUUGUUCAGUCUUUUGGGUGCAUGCUUGCAAUUGAUGAACCUACGUUUAGGAUUAUCUGUUAUAGUGAGAACUGCUCUGAGUUUUUGGGUUUGGAUGGUAUUUUUGAGUCAAAAGAAGAAAAGGGUCUGAUUGGAAUUGAUGCUAAAACUCUGUUUUCACCCUCAUCUGGGGCUUCACUGGCCAAAGCGGCCGCUUCGACGGAGCUAUCAUUGCUGAACCCAAUUUGGGUGUAUUCUAGGACCACCCAAAAGCCAUUUUAUGCUAUAUUGCAUAGGAUUGAUGUUGGGAUUGUGAUUGAUUUAGAGCCUGCCAAGUGUGGUGAUCCUGCAUUGUCCCUUGCAGGGGCUGUGCAGUCCCAGAAGCUUGCGGUUCGGGCAAUCUCGAGGCUUCAGUCUCUCCCUGGAGGAGAUAUUGGGACUCUGUGUGACACUGUUGCGGAGGAUGUUCAGAAGCUGACCGGAUAUGACAGAGUUAUGGUGUACAAGUUUCAUGAAGAUGAUCAUGGGGAAGUUGUGUCUGAGAUCAGAAGGUCGGAUUUGGAGUCCUAUUUGGGGUUGCAUUAUCCUGCCACGGAUAUCCCUCAGGCGGCUCGGUUCUUGUUCAAGCAGAAUCGGGUGCGCAUGAUUUGUGAUUGCAAUGCAAAUCCUGUAAAACUCAUUCAAAGUGAAGAGCUGGAGCAGCCUCUGUGCUUGGUGAAUUCAACUCUCCGGUCACCACACGAUUGCCACAGAACAUACAUGUUAAACAUGGGCUCAGUUGCAUCACUGGUCAUGGCGGUUACUAUCAAUAGUCCUGAUUCCACCAAGCUUUGGGGGUUGGUGGUGUGCCAUCACACUUCACCCCGCUAUGUUCCUUUCCCUCUUCGCUAUGCUUGUGAAUUUCUUAUGCAGGCAUUUGUGUUGCAGCUUAACAUGGAGCUUCAGUUGGCAUUACAAUUGGCCGAAAAGAAGAUUCUCAAAACACAGACUUUACUUUGUGACAUGCUCCUCCGGGAUGCCCCGUCUGGUAUUGUAACCCAAUCUCCUAGUAUAAUGGAUCUUGUCAAGUCUGAUGGGGCUGCAUUGUACUAUAGUGGGACGUGUUGGUUGACGGGUGUCACACCAACUGAGUCACAGGUUAAAGAUAUAGCCGAGUGGCUGCUGAAGAAUCAUGGGGAUUCUACAGGACUGAGUACUGACAGUUUGGCUGAAGCUGGUUACCCUGCUGCAGCUCUACUAGGCAAUGCGGUUUGUGGUAUGGCUACUGCAAGAAUCAGUUCAAACGAUUUUCUGUUUUGGUUCAGGUCUCACACCGCCGAGGAAGUCAAGUGGGGAGGAGCUAAGCAUCAUCCACAGGAUAAGGAUGAUGGUGGAAGAAUGCACCCAAGAUCAUCAUUUAAGGCUUUUCUUGAAGUAGCGAAAAGUAGAAGCUUGCCUUGGGAGGACUCCGAGAUUAAUGCCAUCCACUCUUUACAGCUCAUAAUGAGAGACUCGUUCCAGGAUAUGGAGGAAACUGGUCCUAAGCCAAUAAAUAAUAAUGCUCGUCCUGGUGAUGCUGAGAUGCAGGUGGAGGGGAUGGAUGAGAUCAGUUCUGUGGCAUGUGAAAUGGUUAAAUUGAUUGAGACGGCUCAAGUUCCGAUUUUCGGGGUUGAUUCAGAGGGUCUCAUCAAUGGAUGGAAUGCAAAGAUGGCUGAAUUGACAGGAUUACAAGAUGGUGAAGCAAUGGGGAAGUCCCUUGUUAAUGAUAUUGUUCAUGAGGACUCGCGUGGAGCUGUUGAAAGUAUCUUAUCCAGAGCGUUACAAGGUGAUGAGGACAAGAAUAUUGAGUUGAAACUGAGAAAUUUUGGACUUGCUCAGCAAAACUCAGUGGUAUAUAUCGUGGCCAACAGUUGCACAAGUAGGAAUCAUGCAAAGAAUGUUGUUGGCGCAUGCUUCGUGGGUCAAGACAUUACUUGUGAAAAACUUGUUACGGAUAAAUUUAUCCAGUUGCAAGGGGACUAUAGGGCUAUCAUACAGAGUCCUAGCCCAUUGAUUCCACCAAUAUUUGCAUCUGAUGAGAAUGCCUACUGCUCUGAAUGGAAUGCAGCAAUGGAAAAGCUGACUGGUUUGACAAGAGAUGAUGUUAUUGGUAAAAUGCUCCCUGGAGAAAUCUUUGGAGAGUUCUGUCAAUUGAAAGGUCAAGAUUCGCUAACCAAAUUUAGGAUUGUACUAUAUCAAGGAAUCAUUGGGCAAGACAUUGAAAAGUUUCCAUUUGGGUUUUUUGAUAGAGAAGGGAAGUAUGUUGAGGUGCUCUUAACAGCAAGCAAGAGGACUGAUGCCAAUGGGAAUAUAGUUGGUUGCUUCUGCUUCUUGCAAACAUUUCUACCAGACCUGCAGCCAGCCAUGGAUGGACUCGGACAAGAGGAUAAAUUCUCUUCAAAACUUAAGGAAUUAACUUACAUGCGACAAGAGAUGAAAAAUCCUUUAAGUGGUAUCCGGUUUACACACAGACUCCUUGAAAAUACAAAUGUUUCAGAAUAUCAGAAGCAAUUUCUUGACACUAGUGAUGCAUGUGAGAGACAAAUCAUGGCAAUCCUUGAGAAUCUGGAUACGAGGAGCAUAGAGGAAGGCAGCAAUGUGAAGCUGAACAUGGAAGAAUUUCUCUUGAGAACUCUUAUAGAUGCCAUUGUGAGUCAAUCAAUGAUCUCAUUGAGGGAAAGAAAUCUACAGUUAUUUCAUGAGAUUCCAGAAGAACUCAAAACACUAUCUUUGCUUGGCGACCAAAUCAGGCUUCAGUUGGUCUUGUCAGAUUUCUUGCUCAAUGUGGUGCAUCAUACACCUUCUCCAGAUGGCUGGGUUGAAAUCAGAAUUUCACCAGGUCUAAAGCGAAUACAUGAUGGCAACACCUAUAUCCGUUUACAGUUCAGAAUGACUCACCCUGGUCAAGGAAUUCCCACUGCACUUAUUCAAGAUAUGUUCGCCGGUGAAGAUCAGUGGAAUACACAAGAAGGACUUGGGCUAAACCUGUCCAGAAAACUUCUCGGUAGAAUGAAUGGUCAGGUCCAGUACGUAAGAGAGCAAGGUAAGUGUUACUUCCUCAUUGAUAUUGAACUUAGAACAAGGAAAGAAAGGCAGAGGGUGUUAUUGUCACAAUCUGAUAGGAGCACGUUACUUAAAUUUUCAUCGGAAUAAGACUAAUGAUGUUUAUGGCACAAGCAAGGUUGUAUGAAUCGAGGUAUUGUACCUGUAUCUGUAGUUCUGUACCAACUUUAAUCUAUGUAUGAUAAUAAUAAUGUAUACCUAGUUCAUA